AUGACCGCGCCCACCAAAGUCGCCCUAGUGACCGCCGCGUCUGCCGGCCUCGGCGCCGCCAUCGUCCGCUCCCUGGCCCCGCACUACCGCGUCGUCGUCAACUACUUCUCGCGCGCCGAGAAAGCCCAAGACCUCAUCGACGACGCCUCCGCCACCAUCCCGCCGCAAUACCGCCUCGCCGCCAACACCCCGCGCUUCCACGCCAUCAAAGCCGACGCCUCCUCGCGGCCCGACCUGCAGCGCCUCGUGUCCGAAACCGUCGCCACCAUGGGCCGCCUCGACGUCGUCGUCAGCAACAACGGCUGGACGCGCCUCACGGAUUUCAUGGACCUGGAGGAUCAGGUGCGCGAGGAGGACUGGGACCGCUGCUUCGACGUCAAUGUCAAGGGCCACCUGUGGCUGCUGUACGCGGCCAAGCCGCACUUGGAGAAGAGCGAGGGUGGGGGCGCGUUCGUGACGGUGGCGAGUCUGGCGGGCGUGCGGCCCAGUGGGAGUAGUUUGCCGUACUCGGUGACCAAGGCGGCGGAGAUCCAUUUGACGAAAGGGCUGGCGAUGAUUUGUGGGAAGAGCGUGCGGUGUAAUAGUGUGUCCCCGGGGUUGAUGAUGACGGAGUGGGGUGAGAGGUUUCCCAAGGCCAAGGUCGAGGCCACUAAAGCCAAGUCGGCAUUGAAGGACACGGCUACACCAGAGGACGUGGCUGAACAGGUCAAGUAUCUGGUCAUGAGCAAGAGCAUUACCGGGCAGAACAUUGUGAUAGAUUGCGGUAUUGCGAUAUAG